AUAAUGGAAUAUAAACAAUUUAUCUAUAUCUCUUGAAACUAGAUUUUGAGUGACCUUUAUUUAUAUACGAGAUAUGCAGAUAAAUAUGUCGAAUAUGGAGAUGAUGCUGCUUGUACAUAUUUUGUGUACUGUGCUGUUUCUUUAUGUAUCAGUAGGGGCGACGUACUUUAACGUGAUAACGAAAGAAACUGACGAGAAUAAUUUUGUGCUACUUUCGACAAAAACAUACAAAUAUGAUCCAACUUGGUCCAGUCUAGAUAGUCGACCGCUUCCACCUUGGUACGAUGAAGCAAAAUUUGGGAUCUUUAUUCACUGGGGUGUAUUCAGCGUACCUAGCUUUGGCUCUGAAUGGUUUUGGAACAAUUGGAAAGAGGAGACUCUAACUACAAAAUAUCAUGAUUUCAUGAAGCAAAGAUAUCCUCCAAAUUUUACCUAUCAAGAUUUUGCACGUGACUUUACUGCUGAAUUCUUCAAUGCAUCUGAAUGGGCUGACUUGUUUGAAGCAUCAGGUGCAAAAUAUGUUGUGUUGACAAGCAAGCACCAUGAAGGGUAUACAUUAUGGCCAUCAAAAUACUCAUUCAGUUGGAAUUCUAUGGAUGUGGGACCUAAAAAGGAUCUUAUUGGUGAAUUGGCAGAAGCUAUCCGGAGUAAAACACGUAUAAGAUUUGGCUUAUAUCAUUCCAUGUACGAAUGGUAUAAUCCUCUUUAUACAGCAGAUAAAAGAAACAAUUUUACAACAGAUACGUUUGUAACUGAAAAGAUAAUACCAGAAUUAGAAGAGUUAGUGGAAACAUACAAACCAGAAAUAAUUUGGUCGGAUGGAGAUUGGGAAGCAUCAGAUUCUUAUUGGAAGUCUAAAGAAUUUUUAGCCUGGUUAUACAAUGAAAGUCCUGUAAAGGACACAGUCGUGGUGAAUGAUAGAUGGGGCAGUAAUAUGCCAUGCCAUCAUGGUGGUUUCUAUACAUGUACUGAUCGUUUUAAUCCUGGUGUACUUCUCCCACACAAAUGGGAAAAUUGUAUGACUAUUGAUAAAAAAUCUUGGGGAUUUCGUAGAAAUGCUGUUUUAUCCGAAUACUUUACAUUGGAGGGAUUAGUAAAGGAAUUAGUAAUCACUGUAAGUUGUGGUGGAAAUUUACUGAUGAAUGUUGGGCCGACAAAAGAUGGUAUCAUCUCACCAAUAUAUGAAGAAAGACUGCGUGGAAUGGGUGCUUGGCUAGCAGUUAACGGAGAAGCUAUUUAUGGUACUAAGCCUUCGACUGUACAAAACGAUACCUUAACAGGAACCACUUGGUACACACAAAGUAAAGAUGAAAAAUACUUAUAUGCCUCAAUUUUAGAAUGGCCAGAAGAUAAUAUUUUAUUAUUAGGUUCGCUUAAAAUUUUAAAGAGUUUCCAAAUACAAUUACUUGGUUAUUCGUCGAUUAUUCCUUGGAAAGAAUCCAAUGACAAAUUAGAAAUAUAUUUACCUGCUAAUGCACAUAGAGGACAACCAGCUUGGGUACUGAAGAUCGGGAAGUAAUAUGUAAGAUAGUAUUUAAUUUACAUAACAAUCUGUUUUGGAAAUAUAUAUAUGUAUAUUUUUUUACUAAGAAUACAUAGCUUGUAUAUUAGCUUCCAAA